AUAAGCAGAGCAGACUUUGCCCGAUGCUGGUGACACAGAGCUGAGGCUUUUGCGUGAGGAAGUUGGACUCACUAGAGAGCAGACCACAGGCUGGAGGACACGAGGAAGGCAGAGGCAUUAUGAGAGACUUCUACGUCAGAGUUAUUAUCCUGGCCGCAAGUCUUUGCUUUGUGGAAACAGUGACAAACCCAUCAAGAGAAAGCAGUAUUUCCCUCAGUCCUGAGUACCCGAGGAACGGGGAUCUUCCGGCUUCUACAAGACACACAUCACAGAAAACAGACACCAUGGAUGGGGAUUUCUAUUUCUUUAGAGUUCUCUUCCAGCCUCACACAAAAAAAGAACGGCACAUAAAACAUCUGAACCUCACUAACCAUCGCAUAUUGAAAGUGACCCUCGGUCCUCUCGUGAUUUUUCGCGCUUUGGAGAUACUAAACCUCAGUGACAAUGCUGUCCACUCCCUCUCACUGGAUCUGCCCCUGCCUCCUUCUUCCUCACAGCAAAAGCAGCAUGGAAGCCGCCCCCACACCCCUCUCUCCCGGCUAAAGGUGCUGAUACUUCAAAGGAAUCAACUCAGUGGUACUCCUAAAGGACUGUGGAAGCUGAAGUCAUUGCGGAGUCUGGAUCUGUCCUUCAACAGGAUAGUUCGCAUUGGGCUGUCUGAUUUUCAUGGCUGCCUGCAGCUGGAGAGCAUCUAUUUAAAGAGCAACAAGAUCUGCACGAUUCACCCAGAAGCCUUCAAAGGGCUCAAAAAAUUACAGAUGGUAGACCUCAGAAGCAAUGCACUGACAGCUCUUGUACCGAUUAUGACCAUUGCUCUAGAAUUGCCCCACCUGGAACUUGGCUUGGCUGAUAACCAGUGGCAGUGUGAUGAGAGCAGUGCCAACUUCCAAAACAUCACCUCUGCAUCCUGGGAGGAAAUAUGGAAAACUGUCUGCAAUAGGUCUGUGGAGAAUGAGAAGCCAUAUGUGGAGACUCCCCAGAUAAGAAUUUCCAGGGAUAUACACCUUCUUCACUCUCCUCCAAGUGACUUGAAAAGCCUCAUUCAGAGCAAAGCAGAGAGGCCCCAGGCAGGAGUAGACAUGCACCUUUCCACUCUGGGGAAGGAGAAGCAGAUUGGCUAUGGUGAUCUCAAAGAGAUAUGGCCACAAUCCCUGAUUGAACUCAGAGACUCCCAGGAUGGAAAUGUCACUGACAGAAAUGAUGACAAGCCCCCAGACCUUGCCCUGGCCAUCUGCCUGUCAGUGUUCAUCACGUUUGUGGUGGCUUUCUGCCUGGGGGCUUUCUCAAGGCCUUAUAUUGACAGAUUAUGGCAACAAAGAUGCUUGAACAAAAGGCCUGGCUCAGAUAAUGCCUACUCAAACGAGGGCUUCCAUGAUGACAUUGAAGGUGCUCAACAUGUACAACACCAAGGGAUAGAUCUACACCAAACUACCCACCACCUAAAUCUUUUUGAGAACCAGAACCCUUCCUGGGUGACAGAGCCAAUCCCACAUGGUGCCGUCCUAUCAGAACAGAUGCUAGGAAGCAACGGAAUGGACCCCAGUCGUCAGCAGAGCCCAGAGCAAUUCAAGGACAACAGUGAGUCAAGUGGAGAUGGCAUCGUGUUUCCAAAUAGCCAUGUAACCCAUCCUGCACUCCACGGACUUCCAAACACUGAUGCUCACAAGCUGAUUUCACCAGUGCAGGAUCAUCAUGAUGUUCUUGAAGAAUCACACUAUGACACCGUGGCUCAGGAACAUUCUCUCCUUGACAAUGUGAUGGAUGGGUCUUCCAUUGCUGGCCCUCUGGGAACUUUCCCCAGUUCUAUCAAUAGUGGGUGGGAUGAAUUGCACCUGUCACAGCCAAGAAAUGUUGCACAUACAAACAUUCAAGAGGCUAAGGAAAGGGGGUGCCCUGAACCUUUGGGAGCCAUGGACUCACAGGUGGAGUCUUCUGAGGAAAGGCAAGUGAGCAGUUCCAUUAGGGAGCUGGCCACACAGCAGUCACAAUUCCAGGAAGUUGAUGCUGAGGAAAGACUCUCUCAUGUCUACAGUGAGAUCCUAUGCAAUGACCCACCUUCCCUUAUGCCAAGAUGGGACAGUGGCCAUUAUGUCACCCCUGCUACUGAGGAGCCUGUGGAGAGAGACGCUCCUUUUGACCCUCAUUAUGACUUGGUGACCAACUAUGAGUCUGAUUCCGAUGAGGGCUCUUUGUUUACCCUUAGUUCUGAGGGUUCUGAGGACACAAGGAGCUUGGCUGAAGAGCAGGCAUCUGUGGAGAAUGGUGGGGCCAGCCAGCCCCUCCCAAGCAGAAACUUGGGGGAAUACAAGGACAGUGUCACAUCAGCAGAAAGUGUUGAGGACAUCACGUCACAAAGGAUUCUAGAGACAUGUGAAGCACAGGAAGCUCACCUUAGAAACACGCUCAUUUCUGGUCCAGAUUCUUGUGUGUGUGAGACGAAUCUGGAAAAUAACUCUAGCUCCCUUGACCCUGAGAAUAUGUCAACUUGGCCCCAACCCCCAGGACAUAAGCUAUCACAUCAUGAGACUCCAGGCACAUGUGGUGACAUAGGACCCCAGUCUAAGGCAGUAGCCUGGCACUACUCCCUUAGAGACCUGGAAUUCCCAAAUGUAGAUAGUUCACCAUCACCACCAUAUUCUGAUCAAGAUCUCUCAGAUCCUGAGGAGCAUGCCACCAAAGAGAAGUAAGCAUUGAUAAAGGGCAACCUUUCAAGGCUGGAAGAUAGAGCUCUGUUGGUAGAGUAUUUGCUCACAGUGCACAAACCCCUGGGUUCAAACCACAACACUGUAUAAAUUGGGCCCACUGGCACAUACUGUCUGCCCAGCCCUUGGGUGGCAGAGGCAGGAAACAGGCAUGAGAGUGAAACAGCUUUUACAGGGUAGAUUAUGGAAUGUUCUGGCAAAUGUGGGCUCUAUUGCUCCAACAACCAGCUCGUGCGAGAUGUCAGCUCUACAAUGACAAGACCCAGUCUCCCACUCAGAUUCCAGGGUCACAUCCUCAACUGCAGUUGCCUGAAUCUGCAUGGUCAUCUUGGAACCUGAAAGUCAUAAUUUCUCUUCACAAAUAUGAGCUCCAAAAUUCACAUUUUUAGUCAACAGUAUCACAGUGUCAACCCAGUAAACCCAUUUACAGAU